UUGGUUUGUUUGCUGUCUAGCGUCCAGCCGGGGACCGCUGGAAGUGUCAAGUUUACAGUUUAGCGUCCGUCAAAUCCUGCAUCUGUGAACGUAUCUUUGCCGUUUGGAAUACACAACGAGUGACGUCGCGAUUUCGUCGUACACAGGUGCAUCGCAGUGACUGUGCCUUUCGGCACCAAACGCAAGCCGCCCGCAAAAAUUCCAUCUAAGAUGGCCGACGAGUUAGGCCGCUCUGAGGAACGGACAGCGGUCUACUCGUCGUAGAACACUCUUGCUCAUCAUCGCGAUUCCUUCACGUGCAAGGAAAAAUGGCUGCAGUCGAGGCCCAAACCAACGGGUGCAGCGACGAAGAGCACACCCCGUCACCAGUGAAAGCCAAUCAUACGCCAGCUACCGAGAAGAAAGGGGGCCCUGGUGGAGGAACGGAGCGAACCAAGGGAGCGGCGGCAGCUACACCAGACUCUGCGCCUCCCGCCACCACAAGGGCAACUCGUGCGUCCACGUGGACGCCCCCUAGCAGUGGGGCCCGCACACCUGGCCAACGCGGCAGCGGCCGCAAACGGGGAGCGGCAGGGGCCUCGGAAUCCCCCUCGCCCUCGCCGUCGUCGUCGUCGUCUCCGCAAUCCAAUGCAGACAGCGGCAGGGCCAGCAAGCGCCUGAGGCUGCAGUACCAGCCGUUCCAGUCCCCACCAAGCAUGCACCCUCCCAUAAUGCGUUCGGGCCGAUCGGCGCCACCUCAAGACGACAAGCUGGUGCUGUUCCAGAAGGGAGAGUUCCUGGCGGUGAGGAAUGAAAAUGGUAGUUUCUACGUGUGCCGUACAGCACAAAACGUCUACAAGAGCAGUCGCCGCUUCAAGAUCCAGUGGAUGAACAACGACAGCGAGCAAGACAUCUAUGCUCCCGACUUUUACGACAACACGGACUUCGAGUGCGUCCUGACAAACCUGCGGAUGCGUCGAGUGGAUCGCGGACGCUACCUGCUGCCAGACGAGGAGCACAAGCGAACCCUCAACAUCCUGCAGAGAGCACUCAGCGUUGAGAAUGGUAUGGCUAUUCCAGACCCUCGCCAACUAACCAUGGACGGAGUGGACGUAUCAUUCGUGGGUCAAGAAGAGGAAGAGGCUGCCGAGGCCGCGGCUGGACACUCCUCGCCUGACUCCUCGAUGGAGGAAGUUCCCAAGCCUCGUGGCCGCCCAAAAGGAUCUAGGAAAGCCUCGUCGUCUGCUUCUUCCGGGAGGGGCUCUGCACCCAAGCCAAAUCCAAAAGUAACCCUUCUAGAGAAGGAGACCUUCUUCGAGUCAGAAACCGAAGUGCCGUCCAUAUCAUCAGUGGUUCAAAGCAAAUUGCUGAUCCGUGCAGUGUUGCUGGCUGACCACGCUCAGCUCAAGUCGUUACUCAAGGACAAUACCUGCACGGUGUGGGCUGCACGGAGUCCCAACUUGAAACUCACUGCGCUGGACUACGCUGUCCUGCGCGAGGACCACGGGGCGAUGCGCCUGCUGUUGCGCGACUGGACGCAGGCAGGACACCCGCCGGCCAACGCGCUGCUGAGGGAGGAGCUGGAGUACAGCUGCGGCCUCGUCGGGGGACUGACGGGGGCUGUCAGCGGAAGCACGGUGCACGACGCGGCAAAGAUGGUGGCGCAGAGCGGCGUCGGGAAUGGGCCGCUGCUAGCGGAUGCCGAAUUGUACCUGGGAAUAGUGCCAGAAGAAGUGGCAGAGCAGCAGCGCACCUUGGAGCUGGCUCUGCGACAUGGUGUUUCGCACGAUACCUUGGACUUGCUUCUGCAAUGCAGGAGAGAGAGCAAAAUUCAGGCCAGGGACGACGUGGACAUUGCUGUCGUGGCUCUACGCUGCGGGCAUCGUCACCUUGCAGGGGCAAUGUUGUCGCGAGACGACGCACGGAAAUAUGGCUACACGACUCUUCAUAAAGAUGUUCUACUGAACACGACAGAACCACUGGGGCAGUUCGAUUCUUCCGCCGUUCUCCACAAAGCGCACAACGGCGUGACGCCCAUCCACUGCUCCUCAAUCAACCCUAGGCCAGCCUACCUGGCCCACUUAUUAGCGGCUGUAGUGGGGAAUGUGGCGCUCGAAGUCAGAGACGACGACGGCUGCUCCCCGACGCACUAUGCGGCCGCGUGCGACGGGUCGGCUCCGCUGGAGCUGCUGCUGUCGCGCGGCUCAAAGCCGACGGCGUGUGACAAUCGAGGGUUCACGGCUCUGCAUUCGGCGGCUGAUGCCGGUCGCCACGAGAACAUCGAGUUGCUGUUGAAGCGGAUGCCGAAAGGGUCCGCCGACCUUGUGGACCGUCGCGGGCGUACCGCGCUGCACCUGGCUGCCUGCCGCGGAGCGCUGGAGGUGGUACGUUCCCUGCUACGUGAGGGUGCCGACGUGGAAUGCGCUGCCAAGGGGAAAGUGACGGCGCUCAUGUUGGCGGCGGAGCAUGGACACUUAGAAGUGGUCCGUGCCCUUGCCGAUGCUGGUGCCACGCUCGAUGCUCGAGAUGAGUCAAACUGCACAGCACUGUUGCGCGCCAUAGCCAACAGUCAGACGCACGUCUGCUCUCUGCUGCUGCGUCUGGGAGCCGACCCCGAUGCGGCGGAUUCAGCUGGCAACACUGCUGUCCACUAUGCUGCAGCCUACGGUUGGAUCUUUUGCCUGCGUGCCCUCGUCGAAGGGGGAGCUGCUCUCCAUCGACCAAACAAACGACAGUUGACUCCAGUAUGGGCAGCGCUUUUGAAGGGACACCUCGGCAUCGCAGAGUUUCUGCUGGACCAGCCUUCAAAUGUGAAGGUCGACGUUGAUGCUCCGGAUUUAGAAGGGCGCACUCUCGUCAUGCGGACGGUGCGGGCGGGCACGGACGCUUCGGUGCUGUCUCGGCUGCAGUUCCUCUUGGAGAAGCAUGACGCACAUGCGGCUCGUCAGGACAGCCACGGGAAUAAUGCGCUCCACCACCUGGUGAUGGUGGACGCAGAAUUCUGGGAGCGAAACAAGGACGAGGUUGCGCAGCGUGCAGAUGCUUCUUUCGAGAAGCUGUGGCAGGAGCGUUCGAAGCUCCUGGAGCAGGCAACGUCCCUCCUCGUGAGCAGCGGGUGCAGCACGGACGCCUGCAACAGAGAUCUGGAAACGCCCCUAGACCUGGCGCUACGCAGGGGCGCGCUGGGGAUGCUGGGUCCGCUGCUGACCCAGGGAGUGGUGCCGACGGACGAGACAAGUUGGGGCGCCAUACUUCAUGCUCUGGUGCGUCUGUCCCGGCACCAAGACGUGGGGCCAGUCCUCGACGCGCUCUGUGGAAAACGCAAGCAGGAAUCGACUGGAGAGGAACCUGUACAGAAGGAGACGCCUCCCCUGGCGAAAGAGGCCGUGGAGGCUCUCGACGCCUCUGGGCGUACGCCCCUCCUAGCUGCAAUGGCCUCUGUUGCAUGCACACGCAGUGUCAAAGUGGCCAAGCAGACGUUGGCGUUUGUCCGUCGUCUCGUGGAAGAGCACAAGGCAGACACGUCUGUAACAUCAAAUAAGGAAACUGCCCUGCAUCUUGCCGCACAGGCUCCAAGUGAAGAAGCUGUCGAGCUAGUGUUAACGUGGCACCCGCAGGUUGAUGCAGUGGACGCGGCAGGCUGCACUGCCCUGGGAAGGGCCCUGAUUGCCGCAAACCACGGAACCGUACAAGCCCUCUUGGCUGCUGGCGCGUCCGCAAACUUGCCGCUCUUCGACAGAGGGCUCGCAUUGAAGCCCCUCGUUUACGUCACCAUGAAGGGCCUGUCCGGAGACUUUGUGCGUCUUCUGCUGAAACACAAGGCCUCCCCCGCGUGUUCGCAUCCAACGACCGGCGAUACGCCCCUGCAUUAUGUGGCUGGUCGGCAGCUACAGCAUCCAGACUCCCUGGACACAGCACGUGCUCUGUUGGAUGCUGGAGCUGAUGCCAACGCUGCAAAUGCUGCCGGACGCACUCCACUUCACUCCGCCGCGGAAGCACACUCGACUGCCCCUUCUGGGUGCGCCACCGCUUCUGUCGAAGAGCUCCUCGUGCAGCGUGGGUCGAAGCCAGAGGCGCAUGAUGUCCAGGGACGCGUUCCGCUCCAUUACGCCUUUGUGGGGCAAGAAGACGCGGACGGAGACCCCGUCGAAGUUGUUCCGGUACUGUCUCCAGGCGCGGAGGUUCAGGACGAGCUCGGGAGGACCCCGUUGCACUGGGCGGCGCUCUGCGGUGCGCCAGGGUGCACGUUGCAGCUUGCUCAGAAGAUGAGGUCUACGGACGUAAGAGAUGCGGACGGCAACACGCCGCUUGGACUUGCCCUCCUGCGUGGUCAUCUCAGCUGCUGUCUGGUUCUCCUACAACAAGGAGCCAGCGCCACAUCCGAGCUGCAACCCAUUUCAGGCGAGAAAUCUCCUGAGCAGACUGCACACUGGCAGUGGAGGCACGUUCAAAGUUCCACGAAGCCCACCGCUACAACAGUUCUCCAGGAAGCCAUCCGCAGGGGCUGGCCGAGCGUCCUGCAGUUAAUGCUGGACCAACUGGAAGCGACGGGCAAGACAGUCAACCUGGCCCUGGAAGCGGCUCUCAAGACGGCUUCGUACGAACUAGCCCUGCGGCUAAUUGGCCGGGUGAAGCACGGCUGGACCCUGUACAGCGACAAGCAGACGAUGCUGCACCUGCUGGCACGAGAGGCGUCCAGUGGUGUGCAGCCGGACCUUCAACUGCGGGUGGCUCAGGCCCUCGUGGACAAAGGGGUGCCGGUGAUGGCAAGGGACGAACACGGUUGCUCAGUGCUCACGUAUGCCGCGAUCAACUGGAACCACACGCUGUGUCAGUUCUUUUCGGACAAGAUGGGCAUGGUCGCCUCGGCGUGUACGGAUCCCGACCGCUCGCUGAGGACGCCCUUUUCGGCAAUCUUCUGGCGACUCGGAGAGGCGUCCCUGCCGCAGCCGAUACAGGAAUGGUGUCUCUCCCUCGUGGCUGCCGGAGCAUCUGCCGACCUGCUCACGUGCUACCCGUUACGAAACCUGGAGUUCCCUGGAACGGUGUGCCUUUCGGAAGACGACCGUCUGCACGUAGAGGGCGCCACCGCGGCCCGCCUUUCGCCCCUUAUCUUGGCAGUGUGCAAAAGGAACUACGCCGUGGUGAAGAUGCUGCUGAGGGCCGGCGUUAACCCGAACUUCUCGGACGGGCAGCAACGUACUGCUCUCAUGUAUGCAGUCAAGUUGAAUGACAUGCGCAUGGCAAAGAUGCUGCUGAAUGGUGGCUACGACCCGGACAGGGACACAGACCCCUACGGUGAUGGUAAGCGGACAGGUUUCAAGAAGACGAGCGCGGUCGACCUGACGCACCGCGACAUCUACGGCUGGACGGCGGUUCACCACGCGGUGGCGCCACUGCCCGACUGCACUUACUGGUGGCCCGGAAUGCUGCAACUACUGGCGCAUGCAGGAGCUCCUCUCGACACCCCUGACUUGAACGGAGUCACACCCCUGCAGCUGGCAGCAGCGAGGGGUGUGGAGAGCCUCUCCCUCGCACUGCAGGCCCUGCUGCGGUUACCUCGCGACCAGCUGCCCAAAGUGGCAGUGCACGGAUUGCCGCUUGCCGAGGACUCCCUCCCGCCCGCGCCCCAGCCCGCGUUCCGCGAGGACUGUCGAACGGUGCUGUCUGCCCUGCCGGAACCGGCGGCGGUACUUCCAGUGCCAGAUGAGUGGGCAGGAAAGGAGCCUUGGGAAGUGGUAGCGCAAGACGACGGACCACCGUACGACGUGCUGUUAACGGCGGUGGACCCAGAUGCGACUGCCCUGUACUCUUUCUACAAGAUGCAGGUGCUGCGACGGAAAGACAACGGACUCGUGAUGCUGUUCACCCGCUGGGGCCGUGUUGGGGACCGGGGUCAGUACCGCAGGAGCCCCUUCGCCUCCACGCAGGAGGCGUCCCGAGAGUUCUGCCGCCUCUUCCGCUCCAAGACCGGCAACACCUGGCAGGACGGGGCGCACAGCCUCAAGUGCCAGCCGAAAAAGUUCCGUCCCGUGCAGCUGAGCAGGCCUCAGACGCGGAAGCCUCCGUUGUUGCCAGCACCGCCGGACGGGCCAGCUUCGUCUCUGCCCCCGCAACUGCAGGCAUUGCUGCAUAGUUUGGUGGACGACGAGAUGCUACGGAAAGCGGCCCUGUCACGAGGGGCGAGGGAAGAAGUGUGGCCUGGAUCGCUGUCGGGCGAGGCCCUGGCCACGGCGCAGGCCCUCCUAGAAGACGUUCACCAAUUAGUGCUAGAAAAAUCCUCGCUCAAAGGAACCAGGCUCUGCGAGCUGCUCAUGCGGAUAGUGGAAAAGAGCGAGGGCUACUACCACCUGGUGGGCGUGCACGGCCACAGGGGGGAGCUGUUGGAGCCCCUGUUCGAAGUGAGAGACGUCAACGACCAGCUGUCCCUGCUCCAUCACCUGUCCCAUCUCCAGACGGCUGGAGAGCUUGUGGUUGCGGCCUACAAUCAGAAAUCUUCCCAGGCGAUGCAUCCGUUGGACUAUGUGUAUCGCAGCCUCCCGUGCCACAUCCAAGCACUUCCAACACAUACUCCGGAAGCACAGACUCUGCUUCAGUACAUACACAACUCUGCCUCGCAGGUGAGGGCGCCAAAGGUGAAGACGAUAUUCAGGGUGUCGCGCGAGGGCGAGGCACAACGCCUCUCGUCGUGCGAGCUCCCCAACCACUGGCUCCUAUGGCACGGCCUCGGCGCUGCUGACCUCCUGGGCGUGUUCGCCAGCGGCCUGCGCCCUCGGCCCGCUGGGCAGGGCAUAGCACUGGCGGAUCGGUUCGAGGCUGCGCGUGCCCACUGCAUCUCCGAGCAGGGGCAGGAUUCGAGCAAGUACAUGUUGUUGUGUCAGGUGGCCUUGGGUCAGACAAAGGAAGUGGAGGGAGACCGAGAGGGAGGCUGCCCUGCCCCUGGCUGUGAGAGCGUCAAGUUCCUCGGCCGCUGGCAGCCGCACCCUCUGGGCACGGUGUCCUGGCACAGCUGCAACGUCCCCCUGGGGCCGACGGACGAAGCGGAGCCCCGCCCUGGCCGACGACCGUUCCACCGUUAUGUGGUGCACAAGGCUGACCAGGUGUGCAUACGCUACUUGGUGCAGUUUGAGGACUGAGACGACUCACAUUGAUCCUCGUAUGUACAGCUGAAAGCACGUUUGAUACAACCCUCAUCCCCACACCCUCACCCCAUGCAGAAAAUGAAAAUAAAACAUGGUCUCCUUUU